UAUUGAAAUGGCAUAAAGAAAAUGCUGAUCAGGCAAAUGCAUUAUGGGAUACAAUUGCACAACAUAAUACAGCUAUUUCAAAUUAUUUAAAAGAAUUAAAUAAGAACUAUCAAAAGAAUAAAGAAUUAUAUAAUAUGGCUAUUAAGAUUUGCGAAAAUGUAAAAGCUUCGGAGUGGACAAUACUUGGUGUACAAAAUCCGAAUAAUACUAUUAUUGCUCUUUUUUCUUCCAUCUUCAUUACAUUUCAGAAAAUUCGAGGAUUAUUACGUGAAAUGUCUGAACUAUCGCAAGUACCAAUUGAACCACCUAAACAAACGAAAUUGCUUGAUGCCUGUAAUGAAAUUCCUGGUUUAAUCAUGGCCGGUGUUCCCGGAGCCGGAGGUUAUGAUGCAAUAUUUUGUAUCGGUAUGGGUAACGCUUUUAAUACACGAAUAGAAAAACUUUGGAAUUCAUGGGAGGAAAUGAGCGUUGGACCUUUAUUAUCUAAAGAAUCAUCAAAGGGUUAUAUGAUCGAACAAAUCAGCGAAGUUUCUGGAUUGUCGAAAUAUUUAAACAGUG